AUACCAUCGACAAUGGUAUCUGUCCGGACGUACAACUACUCCAUCGUCUUCGCAGUAGCUCUAGGCUCCUUCACCUAUGGCUUUACUUCGGCGGUCAUAGGCCCGGUAUUCGGCAUUCCAGCCUUCUUCGAACGUUUCGGUCUGUCUUACGAUGGGUCGGCCAGCAUUAUCGGUGGCGCAAACGGGGCAUUCGCCGGCGGUGGCUGUGUUGGCUGUAUCCUCCUUCCAUGGCUUGCCGACAGAUUCGGCCGCGUGAGAGCUAUACAGGUCAUUUGCACUAUCGCGGCCAUAGGGGCGGUGGUACAAGCUGCUUCGGUCCAUAUCGCCAUGUUCAUCGUCGGACGCGCCGUCGGCGGCAUUGCCGCGGGCGCGGUGAACACUAUCAUUCCUAUCUAUCAGUCGGAAGUGUCUCCUGGAAUGGAGAGAGGACGCAUGGUUGGCAUUCACGGCUUUAUACUUGUGAGCGGCUAUGCUUGUGCUGCAUGGUCUGGACUAGGGUGCUAUUUUGCAACGAAUCAACAGAUGUCAUGGCGUCUGCUCUGUGCUCUGCAGGCGGUGGCGCCGAUUCUGCUGGUCGCCGUCAGCCCAUGGCUUCCGGAAAGCCCCAGAUGGCUAGUUCUGGCUGACCGCAAGGAAGAAGCAUUGAACGUCCUCAUCAAGCUCCACGGUACAGAGCAUGGCAUUGCACAAGACGAAUGUUCACAGAUAUACAGCCAAAUCGAGCUGGAGAAACGGGGCGAUAACCGAAUUAUUACGAUCUUCACCAAGCCAAGCACUCGGCGUAGGUUUUUCACAGCCAUGUUUGUGCAGUUCAUCGGACAGAGUACUGGAAUCUUGGUAACAAGUAACUAUCAAAUUCUGCUUUGGAACAAUCUAGGUGUCACAGGCUGGCGCCCACUUCUUCUCUUCGGCAUAUAUGCGUCGUGGGCAACAUUCCUGAACUGGACGGCAACUCGGACCAUCGACCGGUUUGGCCGCGUGAGGCUUCUGACAAUUGGCAUCGCUGGCGGCGUGGCGAUGAUGGCUUGCUUCACUGCCAUGUGUGCGGUGUACAGUGGAACGCCCAACAAGGUUGGAAACACUUUUGGAAUCCUUUUCCUUUAUCUCUACGUCACCUUCUACGCCAGCUGCUUCGACGCUACCAGCUAUGUCUACUCCUCCGAGAUCUUUCCAACCCAUCUUCGUGCCGAGGGCGUCGCCGCUGCGAUCUUCUCGCUCUUUGCUUGCACGCUACUCUACACGCAGGUGGCAGCCACGGCAUUUGCUGAGGUCGGAUGGAAGUACUAUCUUGUCUUCGUCAUUGUGCCAGCUUGUGGACUUCCCAUUUUGGCACGCUUUCCGGAGACGAAGGGAUGCACUCUUGAAGAGAUUGCUAUCCUGUUUGGUGAUGAGGUGGCUCCCGAGGUUAUGCACUUGCCAGCUGAAGAUGAUCACGAGAAAUCGGUGACAGUACAACGCUUG